AUGGGGCCCCCUACUGACCCCGGGCCCUCGGGCAGUGCCCAAGUUUCCAAAUGGUCAGUCCACCCCUGGUGCCAGCUGUCAGUGUCGAUCAGUGCCACGUGCCAGUGCCUAUCAGUGCCACAUCAAUGCCACAUAGUGCAUACCAGUGCACAUCAAUGCCACAUAUCAGUGCCCAUCUGAGCUGCCUUUCAGUGUCAUCCAUCAGUGAUAGUCAGUGCCACCUAUCAAUGCCUAUCAGUGCUGCCAAUCAGUGCAACCUAUCAGUGUCAGUCAGUGCCACCUAUCAGUGUGCAUCAGUGCCACCUAUCAGUGCCAGUCAGUGCCGCCUAACAGUGCCAGUCAGUGCCGCCUAACAGUGCCAGUCAGUGCCACCUAACAGUGCCAUAUAUCAGUGCCAUAUAUCAGUGCCAUGUAUCAGUGCUGCCUUUCAGUGCCCAUCAGUGAUGCCUGUCAAUGCCCAUCAGUGCCACCUACCAGUGCCUCCUCAUCAGUGCCACCUAUCAGUGUCCAUCAGUGCAGCCUAUCAGUGCACAUCACUGCAGCCUCAUUAGCGUACAUCAGUGAAGGAGAAAAAUCACUUAUUUACAAAAUUUUAUAACAAAAACUAAGAAAAAACUUUUUUUUUUUAAUUUUCAGUAGUUUUUGGUUUAAGAAAAAAUAA